AUGAAUCAACCUCAAGUUUGGGAUGCAUAUAGUAAAAGUUAUCAUAAUAUUGAAAAAAAUCCAGCAGGAUUUCAAUUUUCUUUGCUCAACAUGUUGAGAUUGAAUGAAGCAGAUGAGUAAACCAUAUUAUAAUAAACAAGAAUUCUCGAUGCUGGUUGUGCUGGAGGACAUUUGCAUUAAUAUAUUUUAUAGUAAAGAAAACAAAAAUGCAGAUUAACAGCAUUUGACUUUUCUCUUGAAAUGACGAAAAUUGCAGCAGCUAGAAUGAUAAAAUAUUUUAAUAAUCCUUUACAUGGUUAAAUUGAAGAUAUUAGUCCAUAAGAAAUUGAAAAUGCAGAUAUAAGUAUUUUUGAGACUCAUCAUAUAGAUUGCCCAUUAUUAGAAAAAAACAACUAUAAAAUCUUUUAAGGAGAUGUGUAAUCAUUGCCAUAAUUGAAUGAAAAUUAAUUUGAUAUUUAUAUUUCAAAUUUAGUAUUACAAUUAGUGGGAAAUAAAGAUUAAGCUGUUUAGGAGGCCUUUAGAAUUAUAAAGCCCGGAGGUAAAAUAGGAAUUGUGAUUCCUGUUGUAUAAGGCAAUGCUCCAAUGUUAUCCUUAUAGUAAUGCUUUAUAAAAGCUGGUUUAAUACCAAAUAAUGCAUAUAAACCUACUGAAUUAGAAAAUCGAGAAGGAUUAAUAAAUUUUAUGAAUAAACAUGGUUUUAAGGAUAUAAUAUGUUGGAAUCAAACAAUUCCGUUUGAUCUUUUAGAUAUUGAUAAUAAUUACAUUUUCCCAUAAUUUAGAGAAAUUCUAGAAAAAGCUCCAAAAGAACAAGUGGAUUAAUUCUAUGCAUUAUUUAAAUAAGAAAUAUAAAAUAGAUUGACUUAAAAUCUUCCAUUUACAGUUGAAGCAUUGUCUUUGAUAGCAAAAAAACCAUUAUGA